AUGACGCGACUGUGGACCGCGUGGUUGCGACGACGAGGGGCGCGACUCGCGUCCACGCAGUCGCAGCUGUCCCCAGUCCCUUCCUACGACCUCGUGGUCAUCGGCAGCGGUCCGUCCGCCACGCAGUGCGCGCUCGACUCGGCCAAACAGGGCAAGCGCGUGGCCAUCGUGGACAAGAAGACGCGGCUGGGCGGCGUGUGCGUGCACACGGGCACGAUCCCGUCCAAGACGUUCCGCGAGGCGGUGCUGCACCUCUCUGGCUACCGCCACCACGGCUUCUACGGCAAGUCGUACAGCAUGAAGACCGUGACGAUCGAAGACAUUUUGUACCGCGUGCAGCGCGUCGUGAGCUCGGAAGCGGACGUCGUGCGGGCGCAGCUCCAGGCCGCGCGGGUGGACGUCAUCCCCGGCUUUGCACGCUUUGAGAGCGCGCACGAGAUCUCGAUCGUGAAAGAGGGCGCAGUCGAGGACGAGACAGCGACGGGGCAGUGCAGUUACAAUGGGGAUGCUCGCGCUCGAGUCCGGGCUGACAAGUUCCUUGUCGCCUGUGGCACGCGACCUGCUCACAAUCCGCUCGUGCCGAUUGACGGCAAGAUCGUGAUUGACAGUGACCAGAUCUUGAAGCGUGGCAUGCAGCAGCUGCCGCGCUCGCUCAUUGUGGUGGGCGCUGGCGUCAUUGGCAUGGAGUACGCGUCGAUGAUCAACGUGGUGCCGGGCCACUCGGUUACGGUUGUCGAUGCACGACCAGAUAUUCUGUCGUUCUGUGAUCGUGAAAUCAUCAGCAACCUCACGUACGACAUGCAAAGCAAUGGGGCUCGCUUCCUGCUUGGCGAAACCAUCAAGAGUGUCGAGACGACGGAAAAGCGAGUCAAGGUUUUCUUCAAUAGUGGAAAGGUGCUCAGUGCCGAUGCGCUGCUGUACACGGUGGGACGCCAAGCGAGCACGGACGGACUAAAUCUGGAAGCGGUGGGGCUCUCGCGUAAUCAUCGCGGUCUUAUCAAUGUGAACAAGAACUACCAGACCGACCAACCCCACAUCUAUGCCGCAGGUGAUUGCAUCGGUGCGCCAGCGCUCGCAUCCACGAGUAUGGAACAGGGUCGCCUGGCGUCGUGCCACAUGUGGGAAGUAGACGAGGAGCACGCGGGAACAAGCCAGUUAGAGAAUGGCAAUUAUCCGUACGGUAUCUACACGAUCCCGGAGAUCUCGAUGGUGGGUCAAACCGAGCAGCAGCUUACGAAGGAUUGCGUGAACUACGAAAUUGGGAUUGCGAAGUAUUCAGAGCUGGCCAAGGGCCAGAUGAUGGGCGCAAUGGCGGGCGGGACUCUGAAGAUAUUGUUCGACCCUGACACUCUCAAGGUACUUGGCGUGCAUGCCAUUGGAGAGGGUGCGACGGAGAUUAUCCACAUCGGACAGGUUGCAAUGGCCAUGGGUUGUUCAUUGACGUAUUUCCGCGAUGCUGUGUUCAACUAUCCGACACUUGCCGAGGCCUACCGCGUUGCCGCUUUGAACGGACUGGGUCGACGUAGUCGCGACAUUGAAGAGUCCUAA